GUAGAUAAAGAAAUAGACAGAUAAAAUAAAGUUUACUUGGAUACUUCGAACAAAUAAUCAAUAAGUAAAAAGCAUUAUUGAUUUCAGGUGUCUUACGCGACUGGGUGAAACGCAGAACAAGAAAGGACGAUGGGUGGAUGUAGAUGAAGCCGAUUUUCGGUGCGAUAUUGUUGAGACGACUUGCGUUAAAGAGAAUAACAGUACUCCAUAUCAAAUGGUUCAUGCACAGAUUAUUGAAGUAAAUUUGCCACAAACAAUGCAUUUCUUUGAGAAAUCUAUGCAAGCAGUAACCUUCCCAUAUAUCAAUAAAGUUGGACUAAACAGUCGCCCCAAUGGAGUGGCUCUAUGGUUUGGGAAGCGAAUUGAAACCGUGGAUCGGGGACUUUUUGGUUUGCCCAACAUCCCACCCGAUUGGACACGCGAUCACUUCUGUUACACUUAUCUCGAUAAUGAAACCUCUAUAUUCAAAGAAUUUAGAGAACGAGGAUAU